AUGCAAGCCCCCUUCUUCCAGCUUAGCCUUCUCUUCACAUCGCUUUCAUAUCCAACGACAUCAAAGCUCUUCUCUUCCACAACCGCCGGCACUCCUCGCCGUCGCUGUAUAGCCUGCCCCUCCGCCACCACCCCAAUUCCCCCUAGUCUACCCGAUUCUUCCAUCACCGCCUUCGAAGAUUACCAGCGCCUCUUCUCCUCCCAACCCGCCGAGUCCGUCGAUCCCCUCCCCCUUGUCGCCACCGAAGGCAGCCUCCCUGCCGGGUUUUCCCUCGGAACAUACUACCUCAAUGGCCUUGGCAUGAUUUCUGAUGACCAUGGAUCCAUCGUCAACCCCCUUGACGGCCAUGGAUACCUCCGCGCCUUUCGCUUCAUUGGCGGAGGCGUGGUGAUGUAUUCGGCAAGGUAUGUGGAGACAGCGGCGGCGAAGGAGGAGAGGGAGGCAAAAACAGAGGAAUGGCGGUUCCGGCACCCGGGGCUCUUUUCCCUGUUGAAAUCGCAUAUGAGAGAACCGAGUUUGAAAUUGCUAAAGAACGUGGCAAAUACUACGGUGUUGAGGUGGGGCGGGCGGUUGUUCUGUCUUUGGGAAGGAGGGCUUCCCUAUGAGUUUGAGCCGACGUCAUUGGCAACCAUUGGCCUCACAGACAUUAUCAAGACGGUGGAUGGACGGCAAAGUGGAGGCGGCGAAGUACAGAAGCUCGCCUCUUUCAUCGCCGGAAUCACUAAGCCCUUGCUUCUUGGUAAGUAUUAA